GCGAAAGCAGUCCGUGGCGGGAGGGGGAAGAGCAGAGUGGCUCGAGCGCAAGCUGUUGGCUUGCUUUGCGGGGAUCCGCCGCCAGUCUCGCGAAGGGAGUCGAGGGCGCGCGUGCCCGCCCGGGGCUGAGCGACCCAUCGACCAGCUGGGCAGAAGCGGAGGCGGCGUGGCAAGGGCGGGUGGCUGCGCCGCCGGAGCUUCUGCAGAGGUGGCGGGGAAGGGGCGGCGCGUUGCCCCGACAGCGCUGCGAGGAAGGACGAGCCCGGCCGCCGCGGUGCAUUGUCGCCGGGGCUGUGCGAGGGACAGCAAUACCACACAUCAUGAGGGCAGAAAAAGUGAUACAAGAAAAAAGCCAUCUGUACCAGUGUAGAAGCCUGAACAACUAUUUCACGAUGGACAUAGAUGAUGAAGAUAAUAUGAGUUCAGACAGCCCUGAUCUUAAAGAGAACCGCAACAUGGACAACAUUUCACCUAAAGAUGGGACUGUGCAAGGUGCUGGGGAGGGGAAUCAGCUCCCCAAUGGUGGUGGCACCAGCAGUAGGAAGCGGCUGUUGGAAGAGGGGAGCAAUGGUCACUCCAAGUUCCGCCCAAAGAAGAAGAAGAAAACUCCAGGUCCAGUGCUGCCCAAGAAUGCCCUGAUGCAGCUGAAUGAAAUCAAGCCUGGCUUACAGUACAAGCUUCUCUCCCAAACAGGACCAGUCCAUGCUCCAAUUUUUGUGAUGGCAGUAGAAGUUAACGGGCAGGUGUUUGAAGGGUCUGGCCCUACGAAAAAGAAGGCAAAACUCCAUGCAGCUGAGAAGGCUCUGAGGUCCUUUGUUCAGUUUCCUAAUGCAUCAGAAGCUCAUCUAGCAAUGGGAAGAACUCUUUCGGUAAAUACAGACUUUACUUCCGACCAGGCCGAUUUCUCAGACACGCUCUUCAAUGGGUUUGAAAAUCCAGUUCAGUCUGAUCAUUCCUUUUAUUUGGAAUCCAAUGGAGAUGGUUCCUUUAGCUCCAGUGCAGAUUUCAGCCUCUCAUCAGCUGUGGCUAGUAGCCUUAUCCAGUCAUCUCUCCCUGCCCCAUCACCAUACACGUCAACAAGUGGGAAGAAUCCAGUGAUGAUACUAAAUGAACUUCGACCAGGGUUAAAAUAUGAUUUUAUUUCAGAAAGUGGAGAGAGUCAUGCUAAGAAUUUUGUAAUGGCUGUGUCAGUGGAUGGCCAAACUUUUGAAGGAUCUGGACGGAACAAAAAACUUGCAAAGGCUCGGGCAGCUCAGUCAGCUCUUGCAUCUCUGUUUAAUAUGCAGUUGGACCAAACACCAUCUCACCAACCUAUUCCUAGUGAGGGACUCCAGUUACACUUGCCACAGGUUUUAGCUGAUGCUGUUGCACGCUUGGUCGUAGAGAAAUUCAGCGAUUUGACAGAUAACUUUACAUCACCUCAUGCACGUAGAAAAGUGCUAGCUGGUGUUGUCAUGACAACAGGUACUGAUGUGAAAGACGCUCAGGUUAUAAGUGUUUCUACAGGAACAAAAUGUAUUAACGGAGAAUAUAUGAGUGACCGUGGUCUUGCUUUGAAUGAUUGCCAUGCAGAAAUUAUAGCUCGGAGAUGCCUACUUAAAUUUCUUUAUACACAACUUGAACUGCAUUUAAGCAAUAAGGAAGACCAACAAAAAUCUAUUUUCAUCAAGUCAGAACAAGGUGGCUUUAAAUUGGAUGAAAAUGUGCAGUUUCAUCUCUAUAUCAGCACCUCCCCGUGUGGUGAUGCUCGGAUUUUUUCACCACACGAAGCUGCCCAAGAAGAUCAAGGAGACAGACACCCCAACCGGAAAGCAAGAGGUCAGCUACGGACAAAAAUUGAAUCUGGGGAAGGAACGAUCCCUGUCCGUUCUACAACUACGAUCCAGACAUGGGAUGGAGUUCUUCAGGGAGAGAGGUUACUUACUAUGUCAUGCAGUGAUAAGAUAGCUAGGUGGAAUGUACUUGGUAUUCAAGGAGCAUUACUUAGCCUCUUUGUGGAGCCAAUAUACCUGUCAAGCAUUAUCUUGGGAAGUUUGUAUCAUGGAGAUCAUUUGUCCAGGGCAGCAUACCAGCGGAUAGCAGAGAUCGAAGAUCUACCCCCUCUCUAUACGCUUAACAGACCUUUACUCAGCGGUAUUAGCAAUGCUGAAGCCCGUCAGCCAGGAAAAGCACCUAAUUUCAGUGUAAACUGGACAGUUGGAGAUGCUGGCCUGGAAGUGAUUAAUGCUACAACAGGCAAGGAUGAGCUUGGUCGUGCAUCCCGCCUUUGUAAGCAUGCACUAUAUACUCGCUGGAUGCGUGUUUAUGCAAAGCUUCCUGCCAGCCUUCAUUCAAAAGUCAAUAAGCCAAAUAUGUAUCAUGAAACAAAACAGGUAGCUGUGGAAUAUCAAACUGCCAAAGACUGUUUGUUUAAAGCAUUUCUGAAGGCUGGCCUUGGGGCCUGGGUGGAGAAGCCGAUAGAACAGGAUCAAUUUUCCCUGAUUGUCUGAAUUAUGGUUUGCACUUCAUGGGACUCUGAUGGAAGCUCCAGUUCCUGUAUCAACAUUUCAUCUGUACAUCUAUAAAAGCAGCUUUUAAACUUUUGUGGUUUGGGGAACUAACUUGUGACCAAUUAGCUUUUGUUUUGUUGAGUUAAUUCAAACUAAUGAAAAACUGGGAAUAUAGUAACUAGGUUGGAAUCAAAACAAAAUUGUUUGAUUACUAUCUCAAGACUUUAUCUCUGCAGGAAAAAAAACCUCAGUACAAUUUUUUCAAGAACUCAUCUACGGUUUUUAACAAUUAUUUUAAUGCAUUGCUGUCAGUUGCAUAUAUAAUGCACAUUGGAUAGGAUUUUUACAUGCGACUUGAGUAUGUACUUUGAUUUUGUGUUCUAUUUUCAGAGCCUUAGAAAAAAGAAAAAAGAAAAAAAGAAAAGAUACGCACUUUUAGAGUUUUAUUUUUAAAUUGAUUAAUAUCAUAGGAAUGAUACAAAUUACAAAACUGGACUGGAGUUUAGACAGAUAGUUUUCCCUGCUUCUGCCCGCCCCCCCAAACACAGCUGCUGAAAAUCUUUGUCUUUGCUGUGUGUAUGUGAUACAGUUUUUAACAUGCUACUUUUUAUUCCAUUUUAAAAUACUUGUCUUCAAUUAGCAUUUAUAUACAUUGUGAUGUUACUGGUUUUUACCAUUGUAAACUGGAAAUUUUUUGUAAACUAAAACAGUGUAGACUUCAGCUUAGAUGUGGGUGGUUCUAUGUUUCACAGGAACCUCCUUAAGUACCACAGUAACAUUAUCAGUGCAGUGGCCAUUUCAGAACACUUUUUUCCUUUGUGAGAAAUAUGCUGAUUUGCCAAAAACCUGCACAUGACCACCACAACAGUUAAAGAAGUGAAAGGUUAUUCUAAGUUAAACUAUAUGCUCUUUAAAGAUUUAACUUAUUUUCAGCCAAACUGUAUAUAACUAUGAGGUUAUGCUGCCUGUGACUGUAAACAUAUGGAUAUAAAACUACCUACUCAGAUUAUUCUGCAAUGUAGUUUUGAUUGAUCUAGUAUAAUAGGAAUAAAUGUCAAGCACCUAUUUAUUUAUGAAGUACCUGAUCCAUAAGCAUGUUUGUACGUGUCUGGAUCUCUCAAAGACAGCAAUAUUGGCAGAGGGAAUUAGUACCUGUGCUGAGCAUAGGUCUUCAGUCUCCCCAGAGGAUCCUCUGCCUAACAAUCAUGGCAACUGUGCUGCACAGACUAUUCACUGCAAAGGCUCACCCUGAAACUCAGUGUAUAUAUGUCCUAGUAUUGAGCUAACUAAUCCAUAAAGCCAUCUCUCCUACCCACUUUCAAUGUUUCACAAAGCAUUUACUCUUUUUAUUGAUUGAUACCUCACCUCUAGCUUUAUCUCAACCAGAGGAAGUUAGUUAUAAACAUGAAAUUGUGCUAGAAUUUUAUUCCAGUAAUAAAGAAAUCUAACUGUAAAGCUAAAACAAAAUUAAUAACAAUAAAAUAAAAAAUAGAG